GCCUAGAAUUCCAUCAUUGUCGGGAGAACAGUGGCAUUCCGAAGCACGAGGAAGAAAGGGGAAAAUAGGAGGGAGAGUGUGCGCACGAGAGACCUAGAGUGCGAGAUAGAAUUCAUUCAGUGGGAUUGUUGAGCGCGGUGCUCCACGGAUUACAGAAACAGACGUCGAUCUGUUUCGUUUCUGGUGUCUCUUCAUAUCCUGGAAGCACCAAGGGAUCGAAAUUUCAGCAUUUUAACGUCUUCGCAGCGGGUGCAAAAUUACACAGACGACUGGUGAAGACAGGCUGAAACUUAUCUCUUUCAGAAAUCUCCUGGCUGAAAACAAAGUACUGACACAAUGCCUAAACAAGUGGAGGUGAGGAUGCAUGAGAGCCACCUGGAGCCCAUCGACACGCCUGACAAGCCCGUGUGCGGGAGCAUCUGCCAGAAAAUGUGCAAGAACCUGCUGCUCACUCUCACUGUCCUCGGUGUGAUUCUGGGUGCCGUGUCUGGAAUGCUCCUGCGCUACAUUUCGCCACUUCCCCCUGAUGUGAUCAUGGUCAUUGCCUUUCCUGGAGACAUCCUGAUGAGGAUGCUGAAGAUGUUGAUCCUGCCCCUCAUCAUUUCCAGUCUAAUCACAGGAUUGGCAGGUUUGGAUGCAAAAUCCAGUGGCCGGCUGGGCACCCGUGCCAUGGUGUACUACAUGUCCACCACCAUCAUUGCUGCUGUGCUGGGAGUCAUCCUGGUGCUGGCCAUUCACCCAGGCAACCCCAAGCUGAAGGAGAAGCUUGGGGAGGGAGCUCAGAAUGACGAGGUCUCCAGUCUGGACGCCUUCUUUGAUCUCAUCCGCAACCUGUUUCCUGAAAAUCUUGUGCAGGCUUGCUUCCAACAGAUCCAGACAGUCACCAAGAAGGUGGAGGUUCAACCUGAUGAGAAGGAGGUGAAUGGCACCAUGGAGGACUUCCUGCUCAACACCACCUUGCCCACACCAGCGCCCCAAUACAUUGUCAAGAAGACCCUGCAAUUCAAGAGUGGAAUGAAUGUAUUGGGCCUCAUCGGUUUCUUCAUCGCCUUCGGGAUAUGCAUGGGGAAGAUGGGCGAGAAGGCCAGGCUCAUGCUGGACUUCUUUAAUAUCCUGAACGAGAUUGUCAUGAGGCUGGUCAUCAUGAUCAUGUGGUACUCACCUUUUGGUAUAGCCUGCUUGAUCUGUGGAAAGAUCAUCUCCAUCAAGGACCUGGAGACAGUGGCGAGGCAGCUGGGAAUGUACAUGGUGACAGUCAUUGUGGGCCUGAUCAUCCAUGGAGCCAUCUUCCUGCCCCUCAUCUACUUCGUCAUUGUCCGGAAAAACCCCUUCACCUUUUUCAUGGGCAUCUUCCAGGCAUGGAUCACAGCCCUUGGGACCGCCUCCAGCGCCGGCACACUGCCUGUCACUUUCCGCUGCCUGGAGGAGAACCUGGGGAUUGAUAAAAGGGUAACACGAUUUGUGCUCCCAGUCGGUGCCACCAUCAACAUGGACGGUACUGCACUGUAUGAAGCUGUGGCAGCCAUCUUCAUCGCCCAGAUGAAUGGUAUAGUCCUGGAUGCAGGUCAGAUAGUCACGGUCAGUCUGACAGCUACACUGGCCAGUGUGGGGGCGGCCAGUAUCCCCAGUGCCGGGCUGGUGACCAUGCUGCUCAUCCUGACAGCUGUGGGGCUGCCCACACAGGACAUCAGCCUGCUGGUGGCUGUAGACUGGCUCCUGGACCGAUUCCGGACCUCAGUUAAUGUGGUGGGCGACUCUUAUGGUGCAGGAAUCGUGUACCACCUGUCCAAAGCAGAGCUGGACACCCUGGACGCCCAGCUAGGAAGGUCCGAUGACAUUGAAAUGACCAAGACGCAGUCCUACUAUGAUGACCUCAAGAACCACCAUGAAAACAACUCCAACCAGUGCGUUUAUGCCGCUCACAACUCAGUCGUUGUAGAUGAGUGCAAGGUAACCUUGGGUACGAACGGCUCCACUGCAGAGUACACUCUUGUUGAGGAGGAACCAUGGAAACGCGAGUAACACAUCAAACAGACCCCAGCUCCGCCUUACCCCAAGUUCCACAAGCUGUCCUCCCUGGUGAAAAAAGAAUGAACAUCAAAUAUAAUCACAAAAAAUCAUGCAAGCAGAACUAACUGUCAGUUUCCUAGUCUAGCAUAUAAAUCUAUUAACAAACCUCCAACUGACCAACCCUGACUGAGGCAACUAAUACUAAUCUGCUAAAAAAAAAUAAAAAUAAAAAAAUGGAAUCUCAAACUAACAUUUCACCUGUAUGAGAGCACUAGAGAGUGUUUAGUAGCAACUGUUUGCACAACCUCAAGGCUCAGGAGGGUUGGGGAAAGAGACAGAGAAAGAGAGAGAGAGAAAGAAAGAGAGAACACAAACAAACAGCAACAUUAAUUAUAUAUGUAAGAUGCAGGCACCCAGCUUUGUCAAAAGCUUUGCCUUUAAAAGAGUGGGGGAAGGGGUGUGCAUUAGGGGAAAGUAAUCAGGUGGCGAGUUUGUUGCAGGUGGUCUGGUAGUCAGGGUUCAGGGGUGAACAGGGAAUGGGACUUCAGGAAUGCUUGCACCCAACAUCAACCCAGCCAGGUAUAGCCAUCCUCAGGGGUAGCUGCUCUUAUAACCCAUCACCUCUGACCUUUGACUCACCUCAGACAGCAGCUGCAUUCCUGAGGGGCCUUGAUGGCUCUGACUGCCCCCCCCCCCCCCCCCCCCCAAAAAAAAGAAGCAAAAAAAACUAACGCACAGCCGCAGGUGUUCAUGGAAAUAGACCAGGUUAGCAAGGGGGACCUUGCCACAGCACAAGCCCUCUAGAAUCUAAAGCACAAACCAUGUGAAGACUGGAACCCCCUCCUACCUCGUUGAGAGGUUGUGAGGUUUUUUUAAUUGCUCUCAAGUUUUGGGGGCAGAGGAGAUACUGUUUGUAUGCUUGUGUGUGUGUGAGUGUCAAUGUCACUGUAUGUUUGUUGGAUGUGGUGUUUUGGGGGACGGGGGCUGUCUUAUCGGCUCUGUUUACAUGCAGGGACCAAAAUGAGUCACAUUAUCAAAUGAGCUGGACACUAGUCACUUUUUUUUUUUUUGAAAAAAAAAAAAAACAGCUUUUCUUAGUUAUAUCAUCAGUAUUAUGUCAGCCGUUGCCUUUCUAUGCGAAUGAACCAGAUUUAACUAGUCCUACAGAGAAUACAAUUGCCCAUAGCUUUGACUGAUCAUUCUCCAACUCAUCAACCACAAAUCAAUAUUGAGGGGAGUCUUAAGCAAAUUAAUUCAGGAAGAAUAAUUUUUUGGACAAGAGUGCAGCUUUUUAAUAGCAUCUGGACAUACUUCUUGCACGUUAACCUAUAUUGUCAAAAAGUUACUCGCACUUGCUGGUUGAGUAAAUUUGUGAAGCAGUAUCCUACAAACUUAUUUUUGCAGAUAGAAAGUCCUUUAAAACCAGUAGACAGACAGACUGAAGAUGGCUAGCUGUGAGCCGGGUUAUAUCCUCCAACAUUGUCUCACUAAUAUGUUGAAGCAAGGGAAGGUAUUUAAAUGGGUGCACACAUAUCAGUUUAUAGAAUUAAAUGGGCUUUCAUGCAGCCUAAGAACUACUGCCUUUUUAUAUCACAACUUGAAAUCAAAUGUGUUUGUCACUUUGACUGUUAAUUAUAUAA